ACCACCUGCAGAAACCACCAGCCGCAUUGGCAGUGGCCAGCGGCAAUCCGACACCAUCCACAGAUGCUGUCAGCAGUGUUGGCAGUCGGCGGGGAGGGUGGUUGGUACUGGCAAGUGGCAACUGCCCAAAAGCACAGGCGAUGAUUCUUCAGGGAAUGCACCACCAAUCUCAGGGGGUGCACAUGCACCUGCAUACACCCCUAGGCAUCACCAAUGCCACAUGCAGUACGCACCCCCAGUGACCUGCUGUGGGUAACAUGUGCCGCAGGCUGGCCCCUCACAUCUAAUGCUGUGCACGGUGCUGGGGCCAGGUUGUGUUGUGUGUGGUGUGCAGGGCUAGAGCUGUACACAUGGGGCAAGCACCACAUGUAACCAGUCCACAAUGCACGUUGCAUGCAGUGUCUCUACUAGAGCACCCCUGUGGGCUUGAUUUGGCAUCUGGGGUUCAUCUGUGUUUGACACCGCUGGGUUCAAGGGAAGCUGGUGGUGGAAGAAAUGCGGGGGAGAUGUGACCUGGGAUCUAUACGAGUCAGGGGAAAGUGGUCCUUGGGGCUGUCAAAUUCAUGACAGUAGAUUCAGAACCAGGACCCUGCUAGUGAUUGCUGAGCUAAUAUUUUGUCAAUGUGAUGCCUUGCAACAGAGCUUGUUUGUCUGAGUUAUGGAAUAUAUUAACUACAUUUAGAAUUUUUUUUUUUUGCACCUUACAACUUGACUUUUUCCUUGUGUUAUCUUCUCAUGUAAAACUAUGUAGGAAGUAACCCAAAUGCAACUUGGUGCCUCCCUGCAUGCUAAGGUGCCCAGGCUAGCUAACUGGGACAACAGAGCCAGAUAGAGAAGCUCAGGGCCUUCUCAGAGAUCCCAUGACUUGUGUUGUGAGGGAGAUUAAACUAGAGCAUGGCUCUUCUGUUCAACUCAGGCUGUUUACAUCUGGGCUUUUCCUUCUGAGCUGUGCAGGACUCCAGGGAACAAGUCCCAUGAGCCUUUGGAAGACAACAAGGGCAAAAUUGCUGUCUUGCUUCACUCCUUUUCUACAAGGCAGAGUUGAGGUCAGCUGCACACCCAGAAACCUGGUUGGAUUCACUUCAGUCGUUCAGUGACAGAGGGAGCAGAGAAAGACCUCUGAGUUAUCUGUGCUUUUGGAGAUCUAGACUAGUGGUCGGUGCAGAGGAGAUCUGAGAGAUCAACUGGACAAGAGCAAAGGAUCUCAGCAGGGGAAGCCUGAACAUGACACAAGAGAUAAGAAAGCCUCCACAGAAACAAUUUCAGACUUGCACAGUGCCCUGGGAAGGAAGAUGCCCAACUGCACCACUGUAACCGAGUUCCUCCUCCUGGGCUUCUCUGACACUCGGGAGCUGCAGAUUUUACACUUUGUCAUCUUUCUGGCAGCGUACCUGGCAGCUCUGGUGGGGAACCUCCUUGUUAUCACUAUUGUAACUACGGACCACCACCUCCACAGCCCCAUGUACUACUUUUUGGCAAAUUUCUCCAUUCUUGACCUUGGAGCCAUCUCUGUCAUCGUCCCUAACUCCAUGGCCAAUGCUGUCUUAAACAACAGGAUAAUUUCCUAUGCUGGAUGUGUUUCCCAGGUCUUUUUCUUCUUCCUUUUUUGUACAGCUGGUUUUGCACUCCUAACUAUCAUGGCAUAUGACCGAUACAUUGCCAUCUGUAAGCCACUGCACUAUGGGAUAAUAAUGAACAGGAGAGCUUGUGUCCAGAUGGGUGCCAGUGUGUGGGUUGCUGGUGCCAUCAACUCUGCAGUGCACACUGGGAGCACCUUUAGUCUCCCCUUCUGCCACUCAAAUAUCAUCAACCAGUUCUUCUGUGAAAUACCCCAACUACUCAAGCUCUCCUGCUCUGACACAUACCGCAGAGAGCUGGCAGCCCUUGCCUUCAGUGUGUUUUUAGCUCUAGGUUGUUUUGUUUUCAUCGUUGUGUCGUAUGUUCAGAUCUUCACCGCAGUGUGGAGCAUCCCCUCGGAGCAGGGCCGGCAGAAAGCCUUCUCCACCUGCAUUCCUCACCUUAUCGUGGUCUCCCUGCUUCUUUCCACUAGUGGCAUUACCUAUUUGAAGCCCAUCUCUGACUCCCCGUCCCCUCUGGAUCUCCUGGCAGCUGUUCUGUAUUCUGUGGUGCCUCCAUUGAUGAAUCCGGUCAUCUACAGCAUGAGGAACAGGGAGAUUCAAGCUGCCCUCAAGCAACUUCUUCACAGGCUGAUCCUCUCCAAAACCAAGUUACCCAUCUUUGUUUCAUGACUUUACUUUACUUUACUUAUGUUUCUUUUAUAAUUAACUCAUGAUAUCAUUGUUUUCAUACUAUAGUGUGCAACCUAUUUACAGAAAAUGAAGGUGGUGGGUUAAUUCUGUAGCUUUGUACGUACAAUGACAUUUCAUUUGGGUCAUUUUGUGUAAACACUGUUGAAGCGGUAAAGUAAUUUUACCAUUGGUUCCACCUCAAAUAAAUGCCACCAAUUGCAA